AUGGAUGAUUCAAGAUUGGUUGAUAACAUUUUGUUAUUUGAGGAGUUGAACUAUGAUCGCGAAGCACUCCAAGCAGAGAGCGAAGAAUUGGCAUCAAGAUUGACUGAUGAGCAGAAAGAGAUCUACAACACAAUCAUCCAAAAUUUGUCUAAUGGCAGUGGUGGACUAUUCUUCGUUUAUGGUUACGGUGGUACUGGGAAAACUUAUCUAUGGAAGGCGUUGUCAUCAACAUUGCGAGCUAGCGGUGAUAUUGUUAUCAAUGUGGCAUCCAGUGAUAUUGCGUCGUUGUUACUUCCUGGUGGUCGAACCGCUCAUUCAAGGUUUUCCAUCCCUAUUGCAAUAAACGAAGACUCCACAUGUAAUAUUAAACAAGGUAGCCAUCUAGCCGAAUUGAUCGUCCGGAGUAAAUUGAUUAUAUGGGACGAAGCUCCUAUGAUGCACAAACACUGCUUUGAAGCGUUGGAUAGGACAAUGAGAGAUUUGCUUCAAUUUCAAAAUCCCAACAGUGCUGACCAAACAUUUGGUGGAAAGACGGUGGUGUUUGGUGGCGAUUUCCGGCAAAUAUUACCAGUUGUACCAAAAGGAUCUAGACAGGAUAUUAUUUCUGCAACAAUCAACUCAUCGUAUCUAUGGAACAAUUGUAAGGUUUUGAGAUUGACAAAAAACCUUCGAUUAAAUCGAAGCAUGCCGGGGAUUGACAUGAAAAAACUAGAGGACUUUGCAGAUUGGAUUGCGAGUAUAGGUGAUGGAACUAUGGGUGGUCAAAAUGAUGGUCAUGCAGAGGUAGAGAUACCAAACGAACUGUUAUUACCAUCUAAUGGAGACCCAAUUACCAACAUAGUUGCAAGUACGUUCCCUAUGUUCAUGUCUGGGAAUUCAGAUUCCAGUCUUCUUGAAGGUCGAGCUAUAUUAGCCCUAACCCUUGACGUCGUUAACUCCAUUAAUGAAUACAUGAGUGAUCUGCAUACUGGGGAUAGUAGGACUUACUACAGUUGUGAUAGUGUGUGCAAAUCAGACUCAAAUGGCACCUUACUUGAUGAUGUGCACACUCCCGAGUUUCUAAAUGGUAUAAGGGCAUCCGGCAUUCCAAACCAUUGUUUGAAUUUAAAGGUCGGGUCACCUGUUAUGUUGUUGAGGAAUAUAGAUCAUUCACUUGGACUAUGCAAUGGAACUAGGUUGGUUAUUACGAAGUUAGCAGAUCAUGUGAUUGAAGGAAAAAUUAUGUCUGGAAACAACGCAGGAACCAAAGUGUUGGUCCCCCGAAUGACUAUGACACCAUCAGAUCCGAGAUUACCUUUUAAAUUCCAAAGAAGACAGUUUCCUUUAAUGUUGUCCUAUGCAAUGACAAUUAACAAGAGUCAAGGACAAACACUAUCACACGUUGGCUUACUUUUAAAGAAACCAGUUUUUGUUCAUGGUCAAUUGUACGUUGCUGCUUCUAGAGUGAGCAAUCCAGACGGAUUGAAAAUUUUAAUUUGUAGUGACUCGAACAGUGUUAGUACGUCAACUACUAACGUUGUUUACCAUGAAGUGUUUAAUAAUGUGUAA